AAAAUCCAAGAUGGCCGCGCCCAGUAAAUUCGAAAAUCUAUUUAUGAUUUAAGUGUAUUAUAUAUCAAAUUACAGACUAAAUCAAGCAUUAACCUGUGCAAAUGGCUACUGGAAGUAAUGAUGCAGACGAUGGAAAAUGGGCAUCAAGUGACAACGCCAUUGAUGUCGAUUUUGACAAGUUUAAAAAGUUUGUUUGUAUCCAGCAUCCCGCAGUCGUUGAAAAUGUCGACAAAGCUUUUGAUACUUUAGGCGGUUUGAAAACAGUUGGAAAAACUUGUCAGAAUCCAAAUAAAAGACUGGAAUUAAAAUGGCGCCCAGAAGAUAUUUAUUGUAAACCAACGUAUGGUAACAGAGUUAAUAAAGAUAGUCUGGUGAUGAAGGUACGGAGAAGAAGAAGAAAGAAGAAGAAUGAAGGAAUGAAUGAUGGAGAAGAAUAUGAGUAUGAAUAUCAAAUUGAAGUGUUGGGAAUGAUCAACGUUUAUUAUGAUUUUCAAAAUAUGUGUGAUUUCCAAUAUUUACCAACGAUUCAAAAACUAGGACAGAAACCAGUCAGUCUUCUCAACCAGUUAAAAAUAUCAGACUUUGUCAAACAGAAGGAAUAUCUAGAGAGAGAUGUGCCAUUAUUUAUGCCGCCAGUAAUUUUUGCCAGGAUGGAUGUUCCUGCAGAUUAUCUGUUUAGACAGAAUCAGUUUCAUGGAACUGGUGAUAAGAACUCUGAUCUUGAAACCCAGGAGAAUCUGAUCGGCACAUCUCGUAGAAAGAGAACAAUAUUUACGAUAUUUGUGGGAUAUCAUGAUGCAACACCAACAGGACCAAUGGAAGGAGCCAGUUCAGCUCUUCACAGUAAAGUUAAAAAUCUCGCUGAAGCCAAACAAGUGGUAGAGGAGUUUUUCAAAGAACGUCCCAUCUGGUCUAAGAAUGCUUUAAGAUAUAGAUUGGAUCCGAAAUAUUUAGCUAGGUUAAAGUUCGUCUUGCCACUGGUGUCCUAUUUUAUGACAACUGGACCAUGGAGAGUUCUGUGGGUCAAGUUCGGCUAUGAUCCAAGAACUGAUCCCAAAGCCAAGAUCUACCAGACUCUAGAUUUUAGAAGAAGGCAGCGUGGUGCAGGUGAUUGUAUGCCUAUUGGACACAAAAGAAGUACCUAUACAUACUCUCUACCGACUGCUGUCAAUAAACCAAGAUGUACCAUAGCCCAGAUCUCAACAGCCAAUCUAGAGAGUAACAAACCAACAAAAGAAACGCCCUCACAAUUUCUGGAAAGUACAUAUAAAUUUCGAGCUGAUGUUCUACCACCCUAUAGACAAAUGUUUUAUCAGAUCUGUGAUAUAGAAGAUGACAAAGUCCAAGAGUUACUCUCUCAAAAUAAUGCUCAGGAGACAGUCUGUGAUGAAAAGGAAGGCUGGUGUAUUCCUGACUUCUGUGACCUCUCACGAGAUAUUCUAUAUGGCCAUGUUGAAAAUAUUAUAGCUAAAACAUCCUUCUCUAUACCUUCUGAUGCUUCAAGAAGAUCAAGGCAUGUGGUGGCCAAGAUGAGAGAGUUUCAGUUGUUAGAAGCUGCUUCAGAGGAGGAUUUUGAGGACACUGUGACUGCAGGGCAGAGGAAAGAGACUGAAGAACACGAUGAUCAUUUUAGAGAAGAAGGACCAUGGGAGAAUGAGGAUGGAGAGUUUGAGGAGGAGGAUGAGGGAGAUUACGAAGAUGCUGGUGAUGACAAUGAAAUGGACACAGAAAUGAUAGACUGUGUUUAA